AUGCUUGCCCUUCAGUGCCAAAAAGUUGGGGCUAGUAAUAGUUUAAAUCCACCCUCCUACUCUGCAACCAGUCUAGCAGCCCCGAAUUACGGUGCUGAGCCAAUCUGCCCAGGUCCAAUAACCAAUACAUUAGAACGGGGAAAUGUGGCCUCGGAAUCUUUAGUGUCUCCGAGAAAUUCGUCUCAUAGUGUGCCGAGAUUCUCAGCUAUCAGCAGUGACGCUCCGUCACUCCUCGCAUAUCCUACCCGGUCACCAAUGGCCCCUUCGGAUCUAUCUUCACUUACAACAAACUCAUCGGCGUGUAGCGAGCCAACCGAUUUGCCACCGUUACUCCCACAGUCGGGCCCCAUGCAUUCCGGUUAUUCUACUGUCCCACACCAACAACCAUCGCAGUGCUACUCAACGUCUGGCAAUUUCUAUGAUGGUUUGCGAGAUAUUCGUCCUCCUUCAGGGUUUUUAUCUGAAUUCGAUCCAGCUGUUCCACAUUCUAGAUCUGAUCAGGUAAUAUCCACUCGACCGCACGAGAACGAAAUGAUGCAACCACUUUCUGUGAAUCGAGCUGAUGUUACGUCCUCGGUCUCAUUUACCCACGAUAGAAGGGUCGAAAGUAACCAACCUGCACACUAUCCUAAUGUACGUAACACCGAAUCCUGGACGGCUCUCCUUCAGAGUGAACAAGCACAUGACUACCUAACUUACACUCAGGAUCAUCUUAGCUCUAUACAAUGUACACAAAAUGAAUCACACUGGGCAACGCCCUAUCGUGCCACAUUUGAAGGACAAAGGCUUGAGUAUACCCCAGUUUCGAACUCUGUUGGUUCGGAUACUUUCAGUCAAGCACAAGCCACGUUCUCCUACGGUCGAGAAACCACACCGACAAGUCAUCCCACAGAUUGUUUGCCGACAGAAGGAUAUGCAUUGGAAAGUGAACAGCACGAUCACCGUCAACAACAUCCAUGUCUCUAUACACCCCAGUGUCAUUCAUACUCUUAUCCAGAAUACGCCAGUAACAACUUUGGAGACUGGUUCAAAACACAUAGUAAAGAAUCUGAGUCAAGACUGCCGGAUUCAUUGGCCGUAUCAGCCUACGAAAAUAGUGAAAGUUCCGCUUGGGGAAACGGAGUAAAUCAGUUAUGGUCAAAUGAUCCCUACAAGUCCUUUCUUGUAGCUGCUGCUGUGGCCCAAACCCCAACCAGAGGCCCUCAGUUGUAUUCCAGUAAUUAUGCACACAUAUAUCAGUCCUUAUUAUCCGCUAGAAAUGGUGGCCUGACCGAAAGUCCCUAUGGGUCGCCCUGUUCACUAGACUACCGAACUGAGAAAAGUGACGAUAUUGGUUCUCACAGCUCAGUUAGUCUUGAAGGCUCACUCCAAUCGACGACAGAGCAAAGUGCUACAACUGUGACGUCAAAGAGCACCACUUCUAGCGGAAGUUCCAGACGCUACUCAGGACGGACAACCUGUGACUGUCCCAACUGCCAGGAAGUCGAACGUUUAAAUCUUACGGCUCCAGCUGUGGCAGCCGAACUUCGGCGUAAAAAUCUGCAUAGUUGUCAUGUCCCCGGUUGUGGGAAAGUAUACAAUAAGACGAGCCACCUUAAAGCACAUUUGCGAUGGCACACGGGAGAACGCCCAUUUGUAUGCAAUUGGUUAUUGUGCGGGAAGAGGUUCACACGUUCAGACGAACUUCAGCGACAUCUACGAACUCAUACAGGUGAGAAACGUUUUCUUUGUCCGGUAUGUCAUAAACGCUUUUUGAGAAGUGAUCACCUGAAUAAACACGUUCGAACACAUUGCGAAUCCGAUGAACUGGGUGGGGAAACGGAUACUGUGAAAAGUGUUGAUGCGGAGGAACGACCAGAUUCAUCUCUGUCUCCCAAAUCCGACGUCUUCGAAAGCGAGCGAGCCGAAGGACUUCUGUCCCGUUGUUCAGAGGCGUCAAUCGAUCAAAGCCGACCUGAGUCUCGGACACAUGCCAACCAUUGUGAUUAUAAGGAUGACCUUUAUCCGGAUGCUCCACAUCGUCCAGCAAAAAGACACUGUGAUGGAAGUGCUGCACCUGCUGGAGUUAAUGAUCGUUCUUCCUCCAUGUGGUCAGUCUAG